AUGGGUCGAAUAAAUUGGAGAUUUCAUAAGAGAUCAGCAGGAUUGAUUAAUUACUUCCACUUACGAUGGUCAUAUAUGAAAUUAUGCUGGAAUUCAUUAACACACAAUAGCCACAUGAAUGCUUCCUAUGCUACAGAUGUCUGUAUGGAACCGGUGUUUUGGAUUGUGGACAAUUAUACACAUCUAUUGGGGCCGUUUUUUGUUGUUGGCGUUGCCUUAUUAACCACUGCCGUUGUUAGUAUUGCCUAUUGGAUCGGACUUCCAUUUUGGUGGGAAAAAAGUCCAACUGCCACUGUUAUCCUCCUCAUAAUUGGUAAUUGGCUGUUACUUAAUGUUGUAUUUCAUUAUGUCAUGGCGGUUAUAACACCAGCCGGAGAACCUCCUGAGGGAGCCUCUUUGAAAGAAGUCGUUGGCAUUUGCAAAAAAUGUAUUUCCCCAAAACCACCACGUACCCAUCAUUGCUCAGUUUGUAAUAAGUGCAUACUCAAAAUGGAUCAUCAUUGUCCUUGGCUUAACAAUUGCGUUGGCUAUGGCAAUCAUCGUUAUUUCUUUCUCUAUAUGCUAUACACGACACUGGGGUGUCUAUUUUUAAUACUGUUUGGUAUUGAAAUUGGUUAUAAAUAUUUGUGGCUGGAUCAUGGUGAAAAUUGGACUGAAACGGAACCAUUGGAAGGGCAGCCAGUGAAAUUAAACUUGAGUGGACAUAUUAUCCCCGUGACCCACUUAAAUGAAUAUGAUGAAGAUUUACUUCUGCCCGCCCAGCAUAAUUUACCCACCCCUUCAGAGCUGUUUGAUGGCAGUGACAGUUCACAUUUUGCCUCACGCCGCCGUGCCUUAUGGUUUAUGGCAUUUAUGUGUGUGGCAGUGGUAAUAGCUUUGGGCACACUCUGCAGCUGGCAUGCAAAGCUAAUUACACGUGGCGAGACCAGUAUUGAGGCUCAUAUAAAUCAAUCGGAACGUAAACGUUACCAGGCACAAAAUAAGACGUACAUCAAUCCUUAUAAUUUUGGACCGAAAAAGAAUUGGCGUUUAUUUUUGGGUUUAGUUAGGGGAAGGACAUUUUGGCGUACGGUAUUAUUACCAUCAUGGCACAAACCGGAGGGUGAUGGUUUGUCUUUCCACACCGUUCACGAUUAUGAAUAUGCCAAACAGAUAGAUGAGUGGCCAUAAAAAAAGAA